GCGGCGCUUCCGGGGGCCGUCGCUAGGCGACCGCGGCGGCCAUGGCGGGCGCGGCGCUGGGCCAGGCCGCGCAGCUCUGGGCGCUGCUGGAUGAACUGGCAGAGAACGACCCCCGGGGCUACCGGCGGCUCCUGCGGCAGCAGCGCGCCGAGGCCGAGCGGCUGGGCGCCCCGGCAGAGCCCCGCCUGUGCCUGCGGGCCCGCCCGGAGCGGGGGGCGCGCGGCCGGGGGACCCAGCUGCCUGGCGCCGGCCGGAGGCCGCUGUUCAUCAACGUCUGCGCCUGGCAGAGGGUCCCGGCGCCGCGGGGUCCCGGCGCCCCCACGCCUGUCAGCGCGGGGCGGCCGGCGGAGGGGGCGGCCGGCGGGGACCCCUACAGCGUUAUAGAUGUCGCCUAUAACCCAGACGUUCUUCAGAGGGCAGAAGAAAACCCAGAAAAAAUGGAGCACUUGAUCCAUUUGACACUUAAAUUUGUUGAGGAACAAUGCGACCUGGUUUUUUCCCAUUUGUACACCGUUGAGCCAUUCAAACUGAAAGGAAGCCUGGAAGCAAUGCAGCAGCGUCUGAAAGGCAGGCAGGUGCCAGCUCCGCAUCCCAGUCAGAACACACAGAAGGAACUGACGCUUGAUCAGCUGCUACAAGCUACGAAAGCUGAGGACUGCGGCAAUGUUCCCGUGCUGCUGGCGGAGGGAAGUGUGACGCAGCCUAAAACUCGCCUGAUUGAGGAAAUUGCCAGUAGUGACACACCAGAGAAGCUAAGUGCCCCUGUCUAUGAAAUGAUCACAGUGAAGGAUGCAAACAAGAAACCACUCAAAAUUGAACUCAAAAUUGAAUUGCCUAAGGUUAGCUCGGUUUCCGAGUGUGACCUGAGAAUUUCGAAGGAUGACAUAAUCAUUGGAGUCCCCGAAAAAUACAAAUUACAACUAGACCUGCCAGAACUGGUGGAUGAAGAAACAGCAACAGCAGUCUUUAACAAAGGAAAACGGGUAUUGUUUAUCACCAUGCCAGUUGCCAAGCCAGAUCUGUAAACACUGCAUCCUGUCCCCUUCAUGUUCACAAGUGACAAAACAAAACCCCAGAACAAAAAUCCUAAUUUUUAGUGGGGUGAUGAGGCUGUUUUUUUCCAAUUACCUUCUGAUCUUCAGGGGUGAAUACCUCACAUGCCUUUACAAAGAUGCAUGUAGAAAAAUAAGCCUGUAGGAAUAGUAGCACCACCGACCUUGGGGGAAAAGAAUAAGUAAAGGUUGUAAACAUUGAAGGAGUACUUGAAUAUGUUAACAGCUGUAGUAAAGAACCAUAAGUGCAUACAUGCUUUACUAUGUCAUUCAUUUUGCCUUAAGGUACAGCAAUAACAGCUGUAAAGUCUUUCUGCUAAAUAAACUGAUUGUUGGAUUCAGCGGUUA